GUGUCCUCUCUGCAGGCAUCCUUUUGUCCACUCUGCAACCAUGGCCACCUCAGCAAGCUCCCACUUGAGCAAAGCCAUCAAGCACAUGUACAUGAAGCUGCCGCAAGGCGAGAAGGUACAGGCCAUGUACAUCUGGAUCGACGGCACUGGGGAGCACCUUCGCUGCAAAACCCGCACACUGGACCACGAGCCCAAGAGCCUUGAAGACCUCCCCGAGUGGAAUUUCGAUGGCUCCAGCACUUUCCAGGCCGAAGGCUCCAACAGCGACAUGUACCUGCGGCCUGCUGCCAUGUUCCGGGACCCUUUCCGCAAGGACCCAAACAAGCUAGUUCUCUGUGAGGUCUUCAAAUACAACCGCCAGUCUGCAGACACAAAUCUCCGACACACCUGCAGGCGGAUUAUGGAUAUGGUGUCCAAUCAGCACCCCUGGUUUGGGAUGGAGCAAGAGUACACUCUUCUGGGGACCGAUGGGCAUCCCUUUGGCUGGCCUUCCAAUGGCUUUCCUGGACCCCAAGGUCCAUACUACUGUGGUGUAGGGGCUGACAAAGCCUACGGCAGAGACAUUGUGGAGGCCCACUAUCGAGCGUGCCUUUACGCUGGGGUCAAAAUCGGCGGAACCAAUGCAGAAGUGAUGCCAGCUCAGUGGGAGUUCCAGGUGGGACCAUGUGAAGGGAUUGAGAUGGGGGAUCACCUCUGGAUUGCACGUUUCAUCCUCCAUCGGGUGUGUGAAGACUUUGGAGUCAUUGUGUCCUUUGAUCCCAAACCCAUUCCUGGGAACUGGAAUGGUGCUGGCUGUCACACCAACUUCAGCACCAAGAGCAUGAGGGAAGAUGGAGGUCUCAAGCACAUUGAAGAGGCCAUUGAGAAGCUGGGCAAGCGUCACCAGUACCACAUCCGUGCCUAUGACCCCAAAGGGGGGCUGGACAACGCCAGGCGCCUGACGGGCUUCCAUGAGACCUCCAGCAUCCAUGAGUUCUCUGCUGGCGUGGCCAACCGCGGCGCCAGCAUCCGCAUCCCCAGGAACGUGGGCCAUGAGAAGAAGGGUUACUUCGAGGACCGCCGGCCUUCUGCCAACUGUGAUCCCUACGCAGUGACGGAGGCCCUCGUCCGCACGUGUCUCCUCAACGAAACCGGAGAUGAGCCUUUUGAGUACAAGAACUAAGCGGACUGUGCCUACAGACACCGCCUUCCCCCCACACUUCCCGCACCCCUAAACUUCCCUUCUAGAUGUAAUUCUGAGGGCACAAGAUGCCAUGUUUCGUGUCCCAAUAACUCUUGUUGUCUUGGGGUGGGGGAGGAGGGAGAGUUUAGUUUUAUCAAUGUCUAUUUGUCAUUGACUCUUCAAAAGACAAGAGGAGGAGAGGAUGUUAGAAAACUUUUAACCACUGUUUUUUCUUUUGUCUAAUUCAUCUGUACAUCUGAUGGGGAUCCACUGGCUUCCAGGGACAGACCACACAAGCAGAAAGUGGGCAGACAAGUGAAAAGCUACCGUUGUCACUGGCUUCCCUAAAAGUCAUGUUUGGACGUUAGCCUCAUUGCUGGCUCUUGAAGGUUAGAGCUCUUCUGAGGAGAGGGG